CGCACGUACCUCCCUGUUCAGCUCUCGCACGAUGUCCGCCGUCACCAUGAGCUCCAUGAUCGCCCCGGUCGCCAAGAUCGGCGCCGUCGGCAAGGUCGCCAGGCACCAGCUCGGCUCCGUCCCGAACCAGCUCGGCAAGGGCAACGGCAUGAAGGUGCAGAUGUCCCGCUGGAAAGGCAUGGACGAGGACAUCUCGGACGACCAGCAAGACAUCGCGCGCGGCCGCGGCAUGGUCGACUCCAAGUUCCAGGGCGGCUUCGGUCUCGGCGGCACCCAGAACGCGAUCAUGCAGGGCUCCGAUUACGUCUCCGACGGGUUCAAGGAUCUCUCGAACAUGUCGGAUGAGGGCUACUACAUCUCCAAAUCGUACAUGGACAAGAUCACCGUGCACGUCGCGAAGAACUUCAUGGACCUCCCGAAGAUCAAGGUGCCGCUCAUCCUCGGCAUCUGGGGUGGUAAGGGCCAGGGUAAGACGUUCCAGUCCACGCUCAUCUUCAAGCGCCUCGGGAUCGCGCCGAUCAUCAUGUCCGCGGGCGAGCUCGAAUCCGGCAACGCGGGCGAGCCCGCCAAGCUCAUUCGCCAGCGUUACCGCGAAGCCUCCGACAUCAUCAAGAAGGGUAAGAUGUCCACGCUGUUCAUCAACGAUCUCGACGCCGGCGCUGGGCGCAUGGGCGGCUCCACGCAGUACACCGUGAACAACCAGAUGGUGAACGCGACGCUCAUGAACCUCGCGGACAACCCGACGAACGUGCAGCUCCCGGGGCAGUACCAAGUGGAGGAGAUCCCGCGUGUGCCCAUCAUCGCCACGGGUAACGAUUUCUCCACGCUGUACGCGCCGCUCAUUCGCGAUGGACGCAUGGACAAGUUCUACUGGUCCCCCACGUUCGAAGACCGCUGCGGCGUCGCGUGCGGCAUCUUCAAAGCGGACGGCGUGAACGAGAAGGACGUCGAGGUGCUCGUGCGAACCUUCGACGGCCAGUCCAUCGACUUUUUCGGCGCCCUCCGCGCGCGCGUGUACGACCAAAAGGUCCGCGAAUGGGUGCAAACGGUCGGCCAGGAGAACAUCGGCUCCUAUCUCGUGAACCCGAGCCGCGACAAGGGCAAGCUCGAGUUCGAGCCGCCCGUGAUGUCCCUGGAGGUGCUCCUCCAGCACGGCAAGGCGCUCGAGGGCGAGCAGGAAAACGUGAAGCGCGUGCAGCUCGCGGACGCGUACCUCGACGGCGCCGUCCUCGCGGGCGAGGGCGGCUCCUCCAACACCGAGCAGUCGGCGGUGAACUCCCUCCUCGCGUAGGGGGCUCGAGCGGCGUUUGUUUGAGUUUGUUGAGUGAUGAAGAGAAGAGUUGCGGCGGGCGAGGAAGUGUGGGCGGCGUCGACUGACGCGGGCGACGCGUCUGGUGUGCUCACGCAAAUUUCCAGAACGAUGUAGCGCGCGGACGGUCGCCGCCUCGAGAUACGUUCGAGGCGGCGACCGAACGCGAUCGAUUUCUAAUGUUUACGACAUUUUUGACAAC